AUGACAUCCAACAAAUACCGGUAUCACCGCUGUUUGCUGUUCAUUUUAGUUGUUCUCGCGGUCAGCAGCCUCCGCGUCGAUGCAUGCAGUUCAAACGAUACAGAACCGGGACAAGAAGUGCACCAACGGCAGAAACGUUUUCUCACAUUCCUGCCGUGGGGUGGUGUUGUGAAGGCGGUAUUUUCUUUUGUGGCGCCCGUCAAAUUCCAGCAUCGAGUGAAGCGAAGUGUGAAUUUGGCGAUUAAUUGUCAGGCAAAUUAUCCAGUUCCUGCGAAGAUAAUUUACCCGAUUCCGGAAAGUUAUUUUAAAAAUCGUGAUUUUGGUGAUAGUAAUUUUAUGGACAACAGUCGGGUUCAGCUGUAUCAGCUGUUGGAAAAAAUGAUCGGUUCCUGGAGUCCGAAUGGGCGUGCAUGUUUGCUACGAACGAUCUGCGAAGUGGCGGAUACUCCACUGAAGCAUAACGGACUGAUCGGGGAACUGCUUGACAUAAUAUUCACGUGA